AUGGAAGCGAGGUCUGAAACAACAAUGUAUUGUGCGUGCCUCGAUUGCGGAAAUUAUAAGAAAUACUCCGAUUUUGAAGUGGUUUAUGCGCAUUUGAUCAUUCGUGGAUUUGUACCAAAUUACACUUGUUGGAAUAAGCAUAGAGAGGAAGGGUAUAACGAAAGGGGGGAAUGGGUCGCCGAUACCCAAGAAGGGUGUAGGGAUGUUGAUCAAGAUGGGCAAGGCAACUAUGAUCAAGAAAGGUGCAGGGAUGACAUCAAUGAGGAGUGCAUUUUGGAGUUCAGUGAACACCAGUUUGAUGCCUUGGUCGACAAUGUUGAGGAGAUGAUCCAUGAUGUCAGGGGAGAACAUGAGAUGACUGAAGCUGAGCUGCGUAAAUAUAAGCAAUUUGUUGAAGAUUCCAAAAAACCUCUUUAUCCCCAUUGUGAGAAGUACUCGAGGGUAACCGGGGAUCUGAAGCUUCUGCAACUAAAGGCUGCUCAUGGUUGGAUAGACAAGAGUUUCAAAGCAUUGCUUCUUCUUCGGAAGGAUAUGCUGCCAGAGGGGAACUUGCUACCGGAUACUGUGUACAAGGCCAAGCAGAUUGUGUACAAGUGUCGAAAGGAUGGUGGUGAUGAUGGAGAGGACAGCAUGGAUGAGAGGAAGAAGGAAACUCCUAGGAAAGUUGCAUGGAAUAUCAGGUUUGCUCUGAGCACAGAUGGAAUGAAUCUAUAUGGAAACAUGAGUAUAUCACAUAGAACGUGGCCUGUUCUAUUGUCAAUCAUGAAUCUUCCCCCAUGGCUUUGCAAUAAACUCAAGUAUAUCAUGCUGUCAACAUUAGUCUCCGGACCGAAACAACCCGGUGAUAGAAUUGAUGUGUUCCUCCAGCCCCUCGUCAAAGAUCUUCAGCUCCUUUGGGAAGGUGUGGAGGUUAGGGAUGUUGUUGUCAAUAAGCACUUCACUUUGCAUGCUAUGCUGAUGACCACCAUCAGCGACAAUCCAGCUCAUCGUAAUUUGUUCAGGCAGAGCAAAAGGAAGGGUCAAGUUUGCUCCCGCUGUUUGUCAGAGACAUGUUCCUUGCGGCUGAAGAACUCGAACAAAUUUGCAUAUAUGGGCCAUAGACGAUGGCUUCCGAAGAAUCACCCGUACCGAAGCAUGGACAAACAAUUUAAUGGUACAAGGGAGACACGAAAUCCUCCACCACAUUUCUCAGGUAAGGAUGUGUACAGGCAGGUUAAGGAUGUCAGUAUCGUUCUCGGCAAACAGAAAUGUGAAGUUGAUCAAGGAGGUGAUGAUGAUUGUCAUGAUGAAGGGAUCUGA